CUUGCUAUCCGAGCCCAUCCGGCUGGCUUGCAGUUUACGCCACCACUUCAGUAAUGCUACGAUCCGCCUUCCCGCUCGUCUCUCACCUCCCACCAAAGAAACCGCCCCCAAUCCGCCCACGCCUACCACCUGUUCGUCGAUAUGCCUCCGCCGCCGCCACACCUCCCCCUCCCCCUCCGCCCCCGCCGUCCCAGCUGCCUCUCCCGCCAGCCUCCGCCUACGUCCACCUCCCCUUCUGCCGCAAGCGCUGCCACUACUGCGACUUCCCCAUCGUCGCGCUCGGCUCCUCCUCGUCCAUCCUCUCGCCGCGCGGCGGGGGCGAGGUCGAGGACCCGAGGAUCACCGACUACGUGCGCCUCCUGCUGCGCGAGGUCGCCGCGACGUGCCCGGUGUCGGAUGACGGCGUGCCGCUCGAGACCGUCUUCUUCGGCGGCGGCACGCCGUCGCUGGUCCCGCCGCGGCUCGUGGCGGCGGUCCUCGACGCGCUGCGUGGCAGGUUCGGCCUGUCGGCCUGCCCCGAGGUGUCCAUCGAGAUGGACCCCGGCACGUUCGACGCCGCCAGGCUAAGGGAGCUCGUGGGAGUGGGCGUGAACCGCGUGUCGCUCGGCGUGCAGGCAUUCCAGGAGGACCUGCUGCGAGCGUGCGGCCGCGCGCACGGGCUGAAGGAGGUGCACGAAGCCGUUGGGAUCGUGACGGCCUGCGAAGGGCUGCAGAACUGGAGCAUGGACCUCAUCUCCUCGCUGCCCAACCAGACCGAGGAGAUGUGGGAGGAGAGCUUGAGGUGCACAGUUGAGGCCCGGCCCACGCACGUGUCCGUGUAUGAUCUGCAGAUUGAGCAGGGCACCAAGUUUGGGCAAAUGUAUACUCCUGGUGUGUUUCCUCUUCCGAGUGACACUGAGUCUGCAAAUUUCUACAAGAUCGCUUCGAAACAGCUUUCUCAAGCAGGAUAUAACCACUAUGAAAUCAGUAGCUACUGCAAGACGGGAUACGAGUGCAAACACAAUCUAACAUACUGGCAAAACCGGCCAUUUUAUGCCUUCGGUCUUGGAUCAGCAAGCUACAUUAAUGGUGUCAGGUUCUCCAGGCCCAGAAGAAUGAAGGAGUAUGCAGAGUGGGUUCAGAACCUGGAAGAUGGGACGUGGAGCCAUGAGUCUAGAAGCUCUGAUAUGAAGGACUUGGCAAUGGAUGUAGUGAUGCUAUCAUUCAGAACAGCUUGGGGGCUAGAUUUGCGAGGUUUCAGUAAAUCCUUUGGAAAGAGUCUGACGCUAUCUCUAUGUAACACAUUUAAGCCUUUUGUGGAGAGUGGGCUCGUAGUUGCCAUGGAUAUGGAGCGACAAGCCUUACCACCUAGUGAUUUUGAGUUGGACGUGCAAAAUGAGGGUGAUUUUGGAAGCAGAGUUGCGUUCAUCCGUCUCAGUGACCCAGAUGGAUUUUUGUUGUCCAAUGAGUUGAUUUCACUUGCUUUUGGAAUUAUCUCACCAUAACAAGGGUACACUGUUCUCAUUAACAUAGAUCACCUAUUUAUUUGAUUGAUUUCAUCUGGCCA